CGUUCUUGCAGACACAGUUCCACGCUUUGGAAGCAUGUCUGUCCAGGAGAACACUCUACCCCAGCAGCUCUGGCCGUGGAUCUUUAGGUCCCAAAAAGACUUGGCAAAGUCUGCCUUAAGUGGGGCUCCCGGAGGGCCAGCGGGAUACCUUCGACGUGCGAGUGUGGCUCAACUGACCCAGGAGCUGGGCACUGCCUUCUUCCAGCAGCAGCAACUGCCCGCAGCUAUGGCGGACACCUUCCUGGAACACCUCUGCCUUCUGGAUAUCGACUCACAGCCUGUGGCUGCUCGUAGCACCAGCAUCAUUGCCACCAUUGGGCCAGCAUCCCGCUCUGUGGACCGCCUCAAGGAGAUGAUCAAAGCAGGGAUGAACAUUGCACGACUCAACUUCUCCCAUGGCUCCCAUGAGUACCAUGCAGAAUCCAUCGCCAACAUCCGGGAGGCAACUGAGAGUUUUGCAACCUCCCCACUCAGCUACAGACCUGUGGCCAUCGCCCUGGACACCAAGGGACCUGAGAUACGAACCGGAGUCUUGCAGGGGGGUCCGGAGUCGGAGGUGGAAAUUGUGAAGGGCUCACAGGUGCUGGUGACGGUGGACCCGAAGUUCCAGACAAGGGGCGAUGCAAAGACAGUGUGGGUGGACUACCACAAUAUCACCCGGGUCGUUGCAGUGGGGGGCCGCAUCUACAUUGACGACGGGCUCAUCUCCUUAGUGGUACAGAAAAUCGGCCCAGAGGGACUGGUGACAGAAGUGGAGCACGGUGGUAUCUUGGGCAGCAGGAAGGGUGUGAACUUGCCAAACACUGAGGUGGACCUGCCCGGGCUGUCUGAGCAAGACCUUUUGGAUCUGCGCUUCGGGGUGCAGCAUAAUGUGGACAUCAUCUUUGCCUCCUUUGUGCGGAAAGCCAGUGACGUGUUAGCAGUCCGGGAUGCCCUGGGGCCAGAAGGACAGAACAUCAAAAUUAUCAGCAAAAUCGAGAACCAUGAAGGCGUGAAGAAGUUUGAUGAAAUUCUAGAAGUGAGCGAUGGCAUCAUGGUGGCACGGGGUGACCUGGGCAUUGAGAUCCCUGCGGAGAAGGUUUUCUUGGCUCAGAAGAUGAUGAUUGGACGCUGCAACCUGGCCGGCAAGCCUGUCGUUUGUGCCACACAGAUGCUGGAGAGCAUGAUCACUAAGGCUCGACCAACUCGGGCGGAGACAAGCGAUGUGGCCAAUGCCGUGCUGGAUGGGGCUGACUGUAUCAUGCUGUCCGGAGAGACCGCCAAGGGCAGUUUUCCUGUGGAAGCUGUAAUGAUGCAACAUGCGAUUGCGCGGGAGGCAGAGGCCGCUGUGUACCACCGCCAGUUGUUUGAGGAGCUACGCCGGGCAGCGCCGCUGAGCCGUGACCCAACUGAGGUCACUGCGAUUGGAGCCGUGGAGGCUUCCUUCAAGUGCUGUGCAGCAGCCAUCAUCGUGCUGACGAAGACUGGCCGUUCAGCCCAGCUUCUAUCUCAAUACCGACCUCGGGCGGCUGUCAUUGCUGUGACUCGAUCUGCCCAGGCUGCCCGACAGGUCCACCUGUCCCGAGGAGUCUUCCCCUUGCUCUACCGUGAGCCUCCAGAGGCCAUCUGGGCAGAUGAUGUGGAUCGAAGGGUCCAAUUUGGCAUUGAAAGUGGAAAGCUCCGUGGUUUCCUCCGUGUGGGUGAUCUGGUGAUUGUGGUGACAGGUUGGCGGCCUGGCUCUGGCUAUACCAACAUCAUGCGGGUGCUGAGCGUAUCCUGAAAUGCCUCUCCCCAUUCUGACCCAGUUACACCCUAUUUCUUUCAACCCACACCCCUCCCAUAGUCCUACAUCUGCCAUCUAGCCCCAUCCCUGUGCUUUACACAGGCCCUGAAUGUCUGUGUCCAAUUAUACAGUGGCCACCGGCAGCAUCGGUUGUAUAUCCCUGUCUCAAUCCGCUCAGCUGGACUCUAAGAUACCCUGAGCCUUUAAUCCCAGCCCAGCUGGUUGAUUCGAUUCCUUCCGGGUCCCAAUCAUUGGAAUGGGGGAGUGGAAACAGGGUGAUCUUGUCCAAUUUUCAUACAAUCAUGAUUUUAAAACACUGUCUGAUAUAACCCUCAUGAUCAGUUUCCUAGCAAAGUGUCAUCUCCUAAUGGCCUCAAGUCAGGGCAGAAUACUCCUUCAAGGAGCACAGCUCCACACUUUAGGGAAGGCUGGGGCAGCUGGGUACUGGAGAGAACUAAGACAGGCUGGCUUUUCUCUCUCUCUCUCUCUUUUUUUUUUUCUUUUCUUUUUCUUUUUUUCGGAGCUGGGGACCGAACCCAGGGCCUUGUGCUUGCUAGGCAAGCGCUCUACCACUGAGCUAAAUCCCCAACCCCAGCUUUUCUCUUUUUAAUACAAGCUCUCACUGGCCUCAAACUCCUAAGUCCUCCUGCCUGGCCCUCCUAAGGGUAGGGACUACAGGCAUGAGUGACCAGCUGGACUUCGGGUAGCCUUAUUUUCUUACUGACUCCACAAACCAUGGUUGUUCUCCUGCCCACUGCUCUGCUGGGUCAGAUGAUCCAGAAAUUCUUCCACAACCACUUGGCUCCCACAUACAAAUUAGAAGCAAAACUGAAUCUUUUCUUUUAAACCCAACUGUUUAGGUGCAAUUAUAAAAACAACUCCCACAGGCAAAGAAUCCCAGAAUCUCCUACCCUAGGAGAUGUAUAGUCCUGGCCCCACCCAUCAAUGCUGUAGUAUACUCCUGAAGCGGGACAGAACUGGUGGACAGGGGACUCCUCUUGUCCCUAAGAAAGUGGAGGCACUGUUGGCCCACCCCUCCUAGGUUUGAAUACUCCAGGCCCUCCUCUUCAGCACCAACAGCAAAUCCAGAUGAGGAAAAAAAAAUAAGUGCAGUUCUCCUGCUGCCCUCCUCUUUUCACUACCUCAAUACAGCAAGUUUGAGUAUUGCUGCUGAUGGCAGUGUGCAAGGACCACAAAGAUGUCCCCCCUCAGCCCCCUACCAGAAGGUGGAGAGGACAGAGGAAUGAAUAAUAAAGUGAAUGCGUCAAAUUA